CCGAAGACCCAUCGGCCUGCCUGAACGUUGAUCAGCAGUAUCUCCUGGUUACUGCAGUUCCCGGUAGUGUGCAAGGUUCGGUGCCUCUUAGCGGCUUUACCAUUAGCAGGGAUUAUUCCGGGAUUAAAGAGAGACCGGUUUCGGCGGGAGUGGAGCAGAGCAGAGCCCAUGUUGUGGAAGUUUGGGGCAGCUUUACCACUGAAGGGGUAGAUAGCUGAAAGCUCAGGAGAGUUUCCAGCCUGUUGUCAUGGAAUGAGCGGUGUGGAGCCAGGCACCAGGCCUGCGGUUAACUACCGUUAGCUAUCUGAGCUAACUUAUGUGUAACAGUCGAUCUUGUUUGGCUCGCUGGUGCUAACUAGCCAGGCGCUAUUUAUGUUAGCAUAACAGAGCAAACUAGGGCUCCUAGCUUGUUUUGGUUGUGAUAUCCUGAAGGAACUCGCUGGAGUCCUCUACAGCACCACAUUUCCUGAACUUUCUCAAAGUUUUAACUUAUCUUUCUGAGCUAACGUUGUGUAGGAAGAAAACAAGCGAGCUACGUCUUUGUCAUACAAAGUUGAGAUUCUGAUUUGGGCGGAGGGAUGAUUGAUGUAUUAAAUUGAUUAUUCUUUCAAGGGAUUGCAUGUUGAUGAUCAGACAUCAGUUAGACGCAGUCCAGAUCGCACAACCUCUCUGCCCAUCCACGGGACUACAGAUAACCUCUUUUUUGGAUUCUUCACACCCCGUUCCACCGAUCACUGUCUCCUGUCCGCGGACUGCUUCAGAGGCAGGCCACUCGGCCCUGAGUACUCAAUGGAGGAACAUGACAACAUGGACUAUUUUUACCAGCAGAUACUGCAGAAAGAUGUUAGCCGCAGGUUACAGAUCGGUCAGGACCUCAUUGAUUACUUGAACGACCCACAGCGCUCCCCGGACGUGGAGCAGGAUAAACCCCGGCUGGAUAAGACAAUAGACGAGCUAACGGGAUGGAUGAACUCCAGCAAUUUCAAGGUGGCGUUGUUGGGCAUAGACAUCUGUGGUGCAUUUCUGGACCGCAUGGGAGAGCGCUUCAAAGGAUACCUGGUCACAGUAUUGCCGGCCCUGGUGGACAGGCUGGGCGAUGGCAAGGAUCAGGUCAGGGAGAACAGCCAAGCUCUCAUUCUUCGUUGCACAGAGCAGGCCGCCUCGCCCAUGUACGUUUGGGAAAGGCUGCUUCCUUGUUUCAAACACAAGAAUUUCCGCAGUCGAGAAGGAAUCUGCCUCUGUCUCAGUGCCACGCUCAGCAUGUAUGGAGCCCAGCCACUAAGCCUCAGUAAAAUAGUUCCUCAUCUCUGCUCUCUGACUGGAGACCAAAAUCCACAGGUACGUGAGGCCUCCAUAACAACGUUAGUGGAUGUUUAUCGCCAUGUUGGAGAGAGGGUCAGGGCAGACCUGGCAAAAAGAGGUCUCCCUGCUGCACGGUUACAGGUUAUAUUUGCUCGUUUUGAUGAAGCCUUGAAUUCAGGCAACAUGGCUCUCAGCCCGAGUCACGAUCGCAGUUUUGAUGACGACGACAGUGUGGACGGGAAUCGUUCAUCAGCCCAGUCUGCCUUCAAAGUUCCUAAAGUUCCCAAGAAGCCUGCAGAGUCUUCCGCUGCACGUAGGCCCAGUGCUACUGGUGGCAAACUAGUAUCUAAGGAAAGUGCUGGGGCAGUUGAUGAAGAAGAUUUCAUUAAAGCCUUCACAGAUGUCCCUACUGUCCAGAUCUACUCAACAAGGGAUCUUGAGGACAACCUGAAUAAGAUCCGUGAGAUUUGCUCUGACGACAAACAUGAUUGGGACCAGAGAGCCAAUGCUCUGAAAAAAAUUCGGUCACUGCUGGUGGCAGGCGCAGCCAACUACGACUGUUUUUACCAGCACCUACGGCUGCUAGAUGGAGCCUUCAAACUGUCUGCAAAAGACCUGCGCUCACAAGUGGUCCGAGAGGCCUGCAUCACUGUGGCCCACCUCUCAUCAGUGUUGGGGAAUAAGUUUGACCAUGGAGCAGAAGCCAUUGUUCCUGUCCUGUUCAACCUCAUCCCCAACUGUGCCAAAGUCAUGGCAACUUCUGGUGUGUUGGCCAUUCGCAUCAUCAUACGGCACACCCACGUCCCUAGGCUCAUCCCCCUGAUAACCAGUAACUGCACAUCCAAGUCUGUUGCUGUUAGAAGGCGCUGUUAUGUUUUCUUGGAUCUUCUGCUACAGGAAUGGCAAACCCACUCAUUGGAGAGGCACACUGCUGUUCUGGCUGAAAGUAUCAAGAAGGGAAUUCGAGAUGCCGACUCAGAGGCCAGAGUGGAGGCCCGCAAAACCUACUGGGGUUUGAGGAACCACUUUCCAGCAGAGGCUGAUGCACUCUACAAUUCCUUGGAGCCGUCAUAUCAGAGGACCCUUCAGUCCUGCCUGAAGAGCUCUAGCAGUGUGGCCUCACUUCCCCAGAGUGACCGCUCGUCAUCCUCCUCUCAAGAGAGCCUCAAUCGCCCUCUGUCUUCGAAAUGGUCAGCAGCUCCAGGCCGAGUCCCUGCGGGUUCAAAGGGUGGGGUGUCGCCGGCCUCCCUGCAGCGUUCCCGUAGCGACGUGGAUGUAAACGCAGCAGCAGCCGCUAAGUACCGGCACGUGGGACGCGCCGGGGGAGCUGGCCGACUGACCCCUGGUUCCUAUUCCUCACUGGAUGAGACCUCUGAUAAAAUGGAUGGGCGUGUACGUACCAAGCAGCCCCUGUCUACUGCCAGCAGUGUGUCCAGUCAGGUGGACUCACGGGGACGCAGCCGCACCAAGAUGGUCUCCCAGUCGCAACGUUCCGACGAAUCCGAUUGCACACCAGGAUCUCAGUCUGCUACCCCUGUUGGUGCUGGCAGCCGGAGUGGCUCCCCAGGUCGUGUGCUGACAAGUACAGCCCUGAGCACCAUGAGCUCGGGGGCACACAGGGUGCUGGGCAGCUCCAGCGGGGACGGACACAGACGCAGCCGCAUCCCCCGCCGCAUCCAUUUCAACUGAUCAAUAAACUUCUUCCUUUUAUAUUUAUCCCCCUCCAGCAUUAGUUCAGUCUACAAUGGAGCAAGCAGAGGAGCUCGGGGCAGUCGUAUCCCACGGCCCAGUAUGAGUCAGGGCUGCAGCAGAGAGGCCAGCAGGGAGAGCAGCCGGGACGCCAGCCCCGUACGCUCCUUCACUCCCCUUGCAACACGGAGCUACUCUCGCUCCACUGGAGCGCUCCACACACCUGAUGCUUUUGGGGCUGCAGGUUUUGGCAUCAGUCAGUCCAGUCGUCUCUCUUCUUCAGUCAGUGCCAUGAGGGUCCUCAACACAGGCUCAGAUGUAGAGGAGGCUCUUGCAGAUGCACUGCUGUUGGGAGACAUGCGGUCCAAGAAGAAACCAGCACGGCGGCGGUAUGAGAACUACAGCAUGUACUCUGAUGACGAUGCUAACAGUGACGCAUCUAGCGCCUGUUCAGAAAGGUCCUACAGCUCCAGGAAUGGAGGAGCCAUCCCCACCUACAUGAGGCAGACAGAAGAUGUGGCAGAGGUUAGUGGCAACAGCAGUACUGCAGAUGACUAUAUGAACCAGUGUCAUUAAGCCAAGCAACAAAUAUCAAAAGGAGAGGGGUUGUUGGGCCUGCAGGCUCUGCUGAAGAACCAGCGUACCCUCAGUCGGGUAGAGUUGAAGAGGCUGUGUGAAAUCUUCACCAGGAUGUUUGCAGAUCCUCACAGUAAGCGAGACUGCAGCAGGGUGUACGGCACGGCAGAAUCCGGUAUAAGCUCAGCCUCCUUCAAGAGAGUGUUCAGUAUGUUCCUAGAAACACUGGUGGACUUCAUCCAGGUUCAUAAGGAUGACCUGCAGGACUGGUUGUUUGUCCUGCUCACUCAGCUGCUGAAGAAGAUGGGAGCUGACCUGCUGGGCUCUGUACAAGCCAAGGUUCAGAGAGCUCUUGAUGUCACACGAGAGUCUUUCCCCAAUGACCUCCAGUUCACUAUUCUCAUGAGGUUUACUGUGGACCAGACACAGACACCAAACCUCAAGGUGAAGGUGGCCAUUCUGAAGUACAUUGAGACGCUGACUUUACAGAUGGAGGCUCCAGACUUUGUGAACUCCAGUGAGACUCGGCUGGCUGUCUCCCGUAUCAUCACCUGGACAACUGAAGCCAAGAGCUCUGAUGUCAGAAAGGCAGCCCAAUCAGUGCUAAUUGCCCUGUUCCAGCUCAACACUCCAGAGUUCACCAUGCUCCUGGCUGCUCUGCCCAAAACCUUUCAGGACGGAGCCACCAAGCUGCUUCAAAACCAUCUGAAGAACACUGGCAAUGCUGCACAAGCACCAGUGGGCAGCCCUCUGACACGCCACACCCCCCGAUCUCCAGCCAGCUGGUCUAGCCCGGUCACUUCCCCCACUAACACCUCCCAGAACACCCCCUCACCAAGUGCUUUUGACUACGACACAGAGAACAUGAACUCAGAGGACAUCUACAGCUCUCUGAAAGGUGUCACUGAGGCCAUCCAGAACUUCAGUGUCCGCAGCCAAGAGGACAUGAACGACCCAGUCCAGCGACGAGAGGGAGAGGAGGGUGGUAGUGGGACUGAUGGCAAAGACCUGAUGGACGGCGGCCGCAUGGCUCUGGACAACAAGACUUCUCUUCUCAACACCCCUUUGCUUUCCUCCAGCCCGCGAGGAGCCCGUGAGCACUUCUCAGAUUCUCCUUUCAAAUACAGCCACAAAGAUUCUAGCCUGGACGACUCUGAGCAUCUCACAGACGACAGCAGUCUGGACCAGUCGGAACUGGUGGCUGAGCUGCUGAAGGAGCUGUCCAAUCACAAUGAGCGUGUUGAGGAGAGGAAGGCAGCACUAUGCGAAUUGCUGAAGCUGAUUCGUGAAAACAUCUUGCAGGUGUGGGAUGAACACUUCAAGACCAUCCUGCUGCUCCUGCUCGAGACGAUGGGCGACAGAGAGCACGUGAUCCGAACACUGGCUCUGCGAGUGCUGAAGGAAAUCCUCAGCAAGCAGCCCUGGAGGUUCAAGAACUACGCAGAGCUCACUAUCAUGAAGGCCCUGGAGGCACACAAAGACCCUCACAAGGAGGUAAUACGAGCAGCAGAGGAGACUGCAGCGAUGUUGGCACUGUCCAUCAGUCCAGACCAGUGUAUCAAGGUGUUGUGUCCUAUCAUUCAGUCCGCUGACUACCCCAUCAACCUGGCUGCCAUCAAGAUGCAGUCCAAGGUGGUAGAGAGGAUUCCCAGAGAGGGCCUGAUCAGCAUGCUGCCCGAGAUAGUGCCAGGACUCAUACAGGGUUAUGACAACUCUGAGAGCAGUGUGAGGAAAGCCUGUGUCUUCUGCUUAGUGGCAAUUUAUACAGUGAUUGGAGAAGACCUCAAACCACAUCUCAGCCAACUGUCCAGCAGCAAGCUGAAGCUGUUGAAUCUGUAUAUCAAGCGUGCCCAGUCUGGCUCCAGCGGCAGCGAACCCCCAGCUGAGGGCCUAUAGGAGAGACAGCGCCCUCCCACAGGGCACCCACAGAACUGCAACUCUGCCCACCAAACACAAACAUCUGUUCAAGAGCUCACACCUACACAGCCCGAGAACAAAAUACACAUCCACAUGUACACUUGCACUCUGGACAGCAUUGACGCGCACACGCAGGUACACACAGACCUCAUGCUCCACUUCAAGACGGGAGUUAUGGUGCUGAGGGGUGUUGUAUUUUUCCUGAGCAUCAUUGAGGAUCCACCCUGUCAGACUCGACUCUUAAAUUUGCAUUAAACACACUCAUGCAGUCACAUAGUCCAUCCAGGUUUUUCACUAAUGAGUUAAGGAUGAAGAUAGAAAAUAUCCGUCCUUUUUGUUUCAAACACACCAAUAUCCCUUCUAAACAACAUCUUGGUGUCAAUGGUAAGUGGUGCAUCUGCAUGGUUCUCCUUUCUUUUGGAGGGUAAUGUUCAUCAAAUAGUGCUGAGAUGAACAAACAGUUGCGUCUUGUCUUUCUUGAACAGUGAGUAACUGGGGCCAGGUAGACAAUAAUGUACAUUUCCAUUGUGUCAUAGUUUGGGUUUUGUUUAACACAAUGAGAUUUUACAGCAGCAGUUUUUAAAGUCUGGAGUUUUCUCUUUCUCUCACACAUGAAAACACAUGUUCUCUCUUUGAAGAAGGUGCUGAGGAGCCGAAAAGGUACGACCGACCAAUCCUGCACGGCACUAACGCGAGUCAGAGGGUCACGCUCAAAGCAAAUACAGUGUGUAGGCAGACCCCAUAGCAAAGGAGGUGUUAUGUGCUUGGCUAUGCAUGAGUCUAAAUUAAAAAAAAAUAAAAAAAAACUUUUAUCGGCAUCCUAUUGACUGUCAGUAGCGUGACUGGGUUUUUAAAUUGAAUGAUAUCCACCCCUUUCAGAUAAAUCCAUGGUGUCCUCCAUUUCUCCCGGUUCCUCUUGGAUCAGCUUACUUUUGGGCAACGGGGGGAGAUAGGUGUGUGCUGCUUACUACAUGAAAUAUGACAGGACAUGGCUUAUCGCAUAGCGGAUAUUUAUCUAUAUAUGAUAUUAAAAUGAAAUAUCCAGUAACGUUGUCAUUUAGGAGAGUCCCCUGGGGGGGUGCACAUGCGCACCUGUGCCCAUCCUCAUUUUUAUUUCUCUCUGUUGUGCGUGCUGUAGUCUUUCUAACAUGCUUGUUUUUUUUUUCUCUGAGAAUUUGUAGAAAUGUAUUAUUUACAGCUCUGAAAAAAGUCGACCUUUUCUCUGCCCCUCUUCAUGUCUUCUCCUUGCUCUUAUUGUAACAUUCUAGUUUUCACUGUUGUGUUUCUUCUGUGUAUUUUCAAAGCUGUGCUUACAAUAAAAUAAAGAACUUGUACAGAUCAUAA